UGGCGAGUGUCGAGGGCAGUGUGUUAUCGGCGGUGGAAGCAGGGUCCUCCCUCUGUCUCUGCAAACAUAAACCCACAGCCCGUGUGUUCCAGGCAUGGAUGACGGUUGCAGUCAAACAUGGCACUGCGACACUACACCCUCGACUUCAACCUCUCCGCGGCAGUUGACUCUGCAUCGACAGUUCCUGGUCUACUCUCCCUAUUCCAUGAGCAGGAAUUGACAGAGACUGUCCAUGAUACGAAUGGACAUGGAUACCUUGCUACUUUUGUAGGCAAGAAUGGCAGGUUUGUUAUCCUGCGCGUGCACUCCCAUGGGUUGGUCACCAUUGAUCUGCAGUGUUACGCCGAGGACAACAUUGCGCAACUAGACAAUCUUUUAAAUGCACUGGAAAAAAAGCUCACGGUUCUCUUAAAUGGCAAUAUUACAAGGAUUAAAAGGCUCCCAGCCCUCGUACGAGGAGGAGAAAUUGACCGAUAUUGGCCCACAGCUGACGGCAGGCUGAUUGAGUAUGACUUUGACCGGUUGGUGUACGAGGAAGAAUCUGCAUACCAAAGCAUAAAGAUAUUACACUCAAAGCAGUUUGGAAACAUCCUAAUACUCAAUGGAGAUGUUAACCUGGCAGAAAGUGAUCUGGCCUACACCCAAGCCAUCAUAGGUGGCGGAAAAGAGAAUUAUGCUGGAAAAGAGGUGCUGAUAUUAGGAGGAGGGGAUGGAGGCAUCCUCGCUGAGGUGGUCAAACAGAAGCCAAAGAUGAUCACCAUGGUGGAGAUUGACCAGAAGGUGAUCGACGGGUGCAAAAUGCACAUGAGAAAGACCUGCGGCGAUAUACUCGACAACCUGACGGGAGACGGUUACCAAAUACUAGUGGAGGACUGUGUCCCCGUGUUGAAGAAAUAUGUCCAGGACGGACGGACGUUCGAUUAUGUAAUAAAUGACCUUACUGCAGUCCCCAUAUCCACGGAGCCAGAAGAAGACUCAACGUGGGAGUUCCUGCGUCUCAUCUUAGAUCUGUCAAUUAAAGUCCUGCAUCCCUCUGGGAAAUAUUUCACACAGGGUAACAGCGUAAAUAUGACGGAGGCACUGAAUCUGUACGAGGAACAGCUGGGACGGCUCUCGUGUCCCGUGGGCUUCUCCAAAGAGGUGGUGUGCGUGCCCUCGUACCUUGAGCUAUGGGUUUUCUACACCAUAUGGAAAAAGUAAAGGCCUGUGGGUUUCUCUGCUUGAAUCCUCAGCAGGUGGAAUGUGAAUGCUGUACUUCUUCUGCCUCUGCUGUGUGCUCAGACUGAAUGUGACACAAAAAUCUCGAGCACGUCAAAGUUUAGAGAAAUGCAUUCUUAUGUGGCCUCAAAAAUGUUGACGCACUGGAUCUACAGAAACUACAAAUAUAACUAAGAGUUCUUAUAUCGUCACAUCAGUCACAUUAUAAGUCCUGACCUGCUUCUGACCCAGAGAUCAGGUUUUCCCAAUUUGAGACAGAUUGUGUCCUCCAAUUAACUCAUCUUUUGUUUGAAAUGUGUCAGACACACACACACACACACACACACACACACACACACACACACACACACACACACAUUGCAGUCUAUAGCUAUUUCCGGUUCAGCUGUGACUACAUCUGUACCGUAAUUGGCUGAUUUGGAUAUGAAGCAAUUUGGUGUGAAUAAAUCGAGAUGAUUGCAUUCAGUCUGAACACAUCUUCAAGGGUAUAAUGACAGUUUUAUUCUGCCCUAUCUAUCGGCACCAUUUUACCCCAAUCUUCCUUCUUUUCCUUCCUUUUUUCCGGUUGCGCUUUAUUGUUUACUACGACUGAUGAGUUGUAUUUCAGUGUCGAUUUGGAAUGUCCAUUUGCAUGUAAGCUGAAUAAAAAACACCUGUUAGAUGUUUAAACACUGAUUUGAUACACUGACAAUGUGGUGAAACUCAUCUUACAAAGAAAGGAUUAGUUUUUUUGUUUUUUUCUUGAAUUAUGAGCUUAAAUCAUGUGAAAGGCCGAUCUAUAGAUAUAAUCAUGCUGCAGUGUCGAAAUCCAAAUGUGUUUUAAAAGGGAAACAUUUCCACCACUUUAAUGUCACCUUUGUGCUUGUGCUGUUUUUAUGUCUUGUUUGAUUAGCACCUUCGUUUCUCCUGAUUUAUUUAAAGUUUUUUUUAAAACGUUUUUUUAAGACUCCAUAAUGUGCAUGUGAAGGACAGUGAAUGUAGCUUGCGUAUACAGUACACAGCACGUCUAUGCGUGAUCAACCCUGUGGGACUCAGUUACAUUUAUUUAUUCCAUAUAAUUUCACCGAAUGCUGUUCUGUCCCACAUGAGAUCUUUUUUUUGUGACCAUCUACAAUUACAAUGUUUUAGGGGGAAAUGUCUUGACUCUUUUGGGGAAAAUGGAUAUGAUGAAUAAAAAAUUUAGGACACCCUUUGAA